AUGUUUAAAAUUAAAAAUAUUUUAAAUUGUAAUAAUAUAAAUAAUAUAAAAUUAAUAAGUUAUAAUAAAAAAUUUAUAACUUCAACAACAACAACCACCUCAAUAAAAGACAUUCAUUCAAUAUCGUUUGAUAAUAUUUUAACAAAGAAUCAUUUUAAAGGACCAUUAAGUAAAGAGGAUUUACAGCAUUUUAAUGAAUAUGGUUAUGUUAUAAAGAAUGGUGUUAUAGAAGACGAAUUAUUAACGAAACAUCAGCAUGAGGUUAGAGAAUUUAUAAGUAGAAAUGCAGGUAUUAGUUUUGAAGGUUUAGAAAUUGGAUCCAAGGAAGAAUCAGAACAUUUAGCAUUGGAGGAAAGUAAGCUAUCAAACAUUUCAAAUGGAUUUGGUGGUAUGAUCAAUUUCUAUCAUGGCAAAUAUGAAUAUGAAAUUAGACAACAUCAAAAACUAUACGAAUGCUUUGUUCAACUUUAUGAAACCACCUUUUCAAAUGGUUCAAAACUAUAUAGUGAUGAAAAUGAAUGGGCAAAUGAAUAUGGUGCAUUUGAUCCACGUCAUAUGUACAUGUUUAUAAAUAGAUGUGGUUUUAGAAUACCCAAUUUAAAAAAUGAAUCAAUUAGACAUCAAAAAGGUACAGGUUUACAUUUAGAUUGCAAUCCAUUUCAUUUAUUUCGAGGCGAAAAAGUAAAUCAAGAUAAAAUAAUAGAACAUGUCCCAUUAAGAUUUUGGCAACCUAUUCAAGCAUUUGUUAGUUGUUCCAAUACAUUAAAUAUUAAUCAAGGUGGAUUUUGGACCGUACCAAAGUUUCAUAAAAAAUGUGUAGAGUAUUUUAAAAAUCAUCCACAAGAUAACUCACUGCACAAAGAGGUGGAUAAUAGUGGUUCAGUUGGUUUAAAAAGAGGAAAUGCAUUCGAUUUUCAAGAUAAUAAAUAUCAAGAUGUAAUAGAAUCAUUGCAAUAUAUUCCAAUAAAAAGAGGUGAUGUAUUGUUUUGGGAUUGGAGAAUGCCUCAUACCAACGAUACAGUUCAUAAUGGUAGUUCAGUUAGAGAGGUGGUUUAUGCAGCUCACUUACCAAAGGUACCUAUUAACGAACAAUAUGCGGAACUUCAAAAGAAUUGGUAUUUUACUGGUAAGCAUCCAAACUAUGUCACUAAAAAAUUUGCAAAUUUAGAAACUGUAAAUUAUAAUCCACCAAAUUUAACAUUAUUAGGUAAAAAUUUAUUAAAAAUUAAUCCUUGGUCAAAUUAA